UUCAAUACUAAAUGUUUAUUUAGCUGCUUAUAAUUUCUAUGGUUUACUGAAUAGUCUUUGCAACAACAAAAAAAAAACAAACCAAUGGAUAAAGACAACGGAGAAAAGGAUCCUUCCUCAGAUGAAAGACCUCCCUACGAUUUUCUUAACAGAAAAAGAAAGAAGGAAUGUCUAAUCCAGUGAAGAAAAAUUUAAAAGCUGCGCGGUUGGAAAAACAGGUGCCUUGGAUUUUAAUUAGCAGCAAUCAUACUAUUUCCUGGUUAAUUCAUCAAUGAACAGCGGCCCAAGUUGACAAAGCCAACACGAAAAUUGAAAAAAGCGAUUACAUUUGAGUCGAGUUCAGAUGCGUUUGAUCUGCUAUUCGGUGACCGACCUACAAUGGACGCCAAGACCCUUUCCGCCAUGAUAUUUAAAUCAUUUCUCGUUCUUAUCAUAUCGUUAACCUCAGUAAUCGGUAAUUCCAUGGUGUUAGCAGUUGUGUAUCGAAGUCAGCGACUUCGAACUCUGACAAACGCGUACAUUGUAAACCUGGCCAUAUCAGAUAUCUUCAUGGCCACAUUGUGCAUGCCAUUAACGAUCACUGCUUUGAUUACUGUCGACUGGUCAUGGGGUGACACAAUGUGUAAAUUCCAAGGCAUCCUCGGAGUCUCACUGGCCUUUAUUUCUUUACAAACCAUGACGCUGACGGCAGCAAAUCGAUAUUUUCGUAUUGUACGUCCAAGAAAAUAUCCAUCAAUAUUUACCAAGCGGUCUACAUUUGUCAUGAUAUCUGUGUUAUGGGUGGUGGGACUGUGUUUUGGUGAGUUGUACGUGUGGGCCAGCGGAGGAGAAAUCAUCUACAUUCCAAACGCAGGAACUUGUUUCCCUCGUUUUGUCCCUCUUGUAGUUGCUGUAAUUGGUUUUCUUCUGCCGUCUAUCCUGAUGUUUCUGUGCUAUUUCUUGGUUUAUAGAGCGGUCCGCCGACACUCCCUGACAGUCACAUGUUCAUUACAACGAGGAGACGUAAGGCCAAAUUGUGAAGAACUGAACACCACCAAGCUGCUCUUCUUUGUCAUGCUUGGCUUUGUUCUUUGUUGGGUACCAACCCAAGUUAUUGGAAUGAUCCUCGCAAAAGUUAUGGACACUCUUCCUCCUGAAUAUCCGUGGAUUUGUUUCACGCUUGUGUAUUUAUCCUGUGCAGUAAAUCCUAUAAUUUAUGGUGUAAUGAAUGCUAGAUUUAGACGGGAGUUUAAGAAGUUGGUAUCUUCAGCUAAACGUGGAGUAGUUUGUACUGGUAGGCAUUUUAAGACAAACCCAACAAACCAACGGGAAGAAUUGGUUUUACAAGUUAUUUGAUUGCAGUAUAUGUUGUAAUUAGUCUAAAAUAAUACAGGGGCUUUUGCUCCUUUAUAAAAAAAAAGUCGGAGGGGAUAAAAGUUAUAGUUAAGGUUUAACGGAUCUAAUGCCGAGUGACAUAUAAUUUCCUCAUAAUUUUUGCAUAUCAAUUAUUUGGAUGAAAAAUUCAUAACCUGUAUAGUCACCUCGGUGGGCCGCAUACAGCACGUUGUAGGGCAAUAUGUAACUUCCUCUUCCUUCAUUUGUUUAUAAGUUCAGCUGCAAGCUGGUUUGAAUGGGGGCUUGCUUAAAACAAUUGAGUAUAAUAAAGAUGUGUGGAAACAUAAAAUGCAAAAGGAGCCCACAACUCAAAUUACAAUUUACACAUACAAUAUACAAUAUAAGUUACAUUUAAAAAAAUACA